AACGCUCUGAUAUAGUGUUUGUUAAAUAAAUCACUUCAGUCACCAAACACAGCGACCCUUGCCAACUAACAUUCUACUCCUACUAUGUCCCUUUUUUUUCCCACCUUCCAUUCUUCACUUGAGGACUUUCUCUCUAGGGCUCAGUAUUUAAGAUUAAGAGCCACGACUAAACCUACAUAUCUCCCAUAGCUUCUUCUUACUGACAACUAAAGUCCUAAAUUCUCUCUAUAUCUUUCUGUUCAGCAUAAAAUAUGGCUUCCUUGGAUCACUCUACUUCUACUGAUAUCGAUGAUUCUACUACUACUACUUUGGACUCUAAAGAAGAUAACAAUAAAGAGACUGAGCUACAAUUCUCAUAUGAUGAAGAGACACUAGUUAUAAGAAUGUUUAAUCUUGUUGGUGAGAGAUGGUCUCUAAUUGCUGGUAGAAUCCCUGGAAGAACAGCUGAGGAAAUUGAGAAAUACUGGAAUUCAAGAUACUCCACAAGCGAAUGAUAUAUCUUUAAGAUAUUUAUAAA